AUGUUGACUUGUUGCCACUGUAUAUGCUCACUUGAAGAUCUCUCUUUUCUUGUUUUUCUUCAAUUGCAAGCCAUCAUGGAAGGAGGAACAGUUCAUCAAGCAGAUGCCUCUGCCUUCAGGGAGUGUUUCUCCUUGGCCUGGAGGAACCCUUAUGUGCUUAGGUUGGCCUUCUCUGCAGGAAUUGGAGGCCUACUCUUUGGUUAUGAUACUGGUGUGAUUUCGGGAGCAUUACUUUACAUUCGAGACGAUUUCUCGUCAGUGGAUAGAAAGACAUGGCUUCAGGAGAGCAUCGUGAGCACGGCGGUGGCCGGAGCGAUCAUCGGAGCGGCGAUUGGCGGUUGGGCCAACGACCGGCUCGGGAGGCGGAGCGCGAUUUUGGUGGCGGACUUCCUCUUCUUCGUCGGCUCCGUGAUCAUGGCCUCGGCGCCCAAUCCGGGGGUCUUAAUCGUGGGCCGCGUCUUCGUUGGGCUCGGCGUGGGCAUGGCCUCGAUGACGUCGCCGCUUUAUAUAUCGGAAGCCUCGCCGGCCGGCAUCCGCGGCGCUCUCGUCAGCACGAAUGGCUUCCUCAUCACCGGGGGACAGUUUCUCUCUUAUCUCAUCAACUUGGCCUUCACAAAGGCACCAGGAACAUGGAGAUGGAUGCUUGGAGUUGCUGCGAUUCCAGCCAUGGUACAAUUUGUUCUGAUGCUGUUACUUCCUGAAUCACCAAGGUGGCUUUAUCGAAAGCGAAGGGUAGAAGAAGCCGAAGCCAUACUUCGCAAAAUCUAUCCAACCAACGAGCUGGAGUACGAAAUCAGAGCCCUGAAAGAAUCCGUGGAGGCCGAGAUCGAAGAAGGAGGCUCGUCGGAGAAGAUCAACAUCGGCAAGCUCUUAAAGACCAAGACGGUGCGAAGAGGGCUCGUCGCAGGCGUGGGACUCCAGGUGUUCCAGCAAUUCGUGGGCAUCAACACCGUCAUGUACUACAGCCCGACGAUCGUUCAAUUGGCCGGCUUCGCUUCCAACCAGACCGCCCUCGCGCUCUCCCUCGUCACGUCCGGCCUCAACGCCCUGGGAUCCAUCGUCAGCAUCUACCUAAUCGAUCGGACGGGGAGGCGGCGGCUCCUGAUCGUGAGUCUGUGCGGCGUCGUGCUCUCGCUGGGGCUUCUGUCGACGGUGUUUCACAAGACGACUUCGAGUUCGCCGGCGAUCGGCCGGCAGGAAACGGCCCGCUUUGGGGGCUACACUUGCCCGGCUUACGAUUCGGCCGGUAGCGGUAGCAGUAGUUGGGACUGUAUGAAGUGCUUGACGGCGUCUUCUCCUGACUGUGGAUUUUGCGCUGCUUCGGCCGAUAAGCUGAAUCCGGGAGCAUGCUUGAUCUCAAACUCCACGGUGAAGGACUUGUGUCACGGAGAGAGCAGGCUGUGGUACACGAGAGGAUGCCCGAGCCGGUACGGGUGGCUGGCUCUCAUAGGCUUGGCGCUCUACAUCAUCUUCUUCUCCCCGGGGAUGGGGACCGUGCCGUGGAUCGUCAACUCGGAGAUUUACCCAUUGAGAUUCAGAGGAGUUUGCGGCGGGAUCGCGGCGACGGCAAACUGGAUCUCCAACUUGAUCGUCGCACAAUCUUUUCUCUCCCUGACCGAAGCGAUCGGGGCCUCGUGGACCUUCCUAAUAUUUGGAGUGAUAUCCGUGGUGGCUUUAGUUUUUGUCAUCGCGUGCGUGCCGGAGACGAAAGGCCUGCCGAUCGAGGAGGUGGAGAAGAUGCUGGAGCACAGGGCUCUUCGUUUCAGGCUAUGGAAAAAAGGGAAUGAUGAUGAGAGGAAGAAUUCGAGUGCGUAAGAUGAGAAUAAUUUAUGAAUACUUUUCGAUCACAGAUUGUGAAACGGCUAGACUGAAAGAACACAAAUCCCAUUAUCAUGUUUAUGGUUGCAUGAACACAAA